UCGCCUAUGCAUCAUAAACUUGGCUACUGCUUAUACGACACCUGGUGAAUCAACAAUUUAUUUUGCUUAAGAAUGCCUCGAACAUCCUCAAAAAAAGCAGAGGAAAAUAAAGAAAAGAAAACUAAUUCAAAAAAUGAGGAAAGAAAUUCUGUCAACGCGACCAAUGGUUCGAUUUCAGAAGAGGAAAAUGAAUCUUCCAAGGGGUCAGAAAUUACUCGUUGUGUCUGCGGUAUCGAGGAUAAUGACGAUGAUUCAAGUGACGGAGGGUUAUAUAUUCAAUGUGAUCAGUGUUCUGUCUGGCAGCAUGGUCACUGCGUUGGUUUUCAAAAAGAAUCUGAUGUUCCUGACGUCUAUUAUUGCGAAAUAUGUAGACCAGAACUUCAUAAAAUAUAUCAACGAGGAAGAGGACCCAAACAAUCUAAAUACUUAGGUCUUAUUGCUGAGCAGAAACCUCCGCAGUCAGAAUCUCCACCUGCUUCUCCUCCAUCACCAGUUGUGAAAAAGCAAGUGCCAAAACAGCGUCUUACCAUGAACUCUCGAGAUGCCGCCUUGGAUUACGAAGAAUAUCUUGCUAUUGCAAAAGAACAAUCUCUCCUCACGAGAAGAUCUAGAGGGCCCACUCUUUCCAAAUCGGCUUCUCCACCCGUCCAGGCUUCAGUAUCUGGAGAAGCAUUACCAACGACAAUGUCUCCAGAAGAGCAAGAGGAAGAACAAAAACAAGAACAAGAACAAGAACAAGAGCAAGAACGAGAACGACAACAGGAACGGGAACGGGAACGAGAGCAAGAGCAAGAACGAGGACGAGAACGAGAACAAGAACAAGAGCAAGAAGAAACGAAAAAAGAAGAGGAAAAAGCACACGAAGCAAGACAAGAGCUGGAGCCUGAGAAAAAUUCCAAAGAAGAAUCAAUUCCUAUUGAUACCGUUUCAAACGAAGAAAGAGUUGACGAAGAAGAGAAUCCGGAAGCCCACCAAGUCAAGGAAGAAGCGGAGUCAGCUCUUCCUUCACCUAGCAGUGUUCAAUCUACCCCGGUAUCCUCCUCCACAGGAAGGGGCGGUGGUCGGAGAUCCAAACGAGAAGCACCAGUUGAUAAUGAAAAAGGAAGUCUUUCGCCAUCCACAGCAGGUCAACGGGGUUCAAAAAGUAGAAAAACUAGUUCCCGAAGGGGAAAAUCUUCUGCGCUUUCUGCAAAUACCCAUCGCUCCGGUUCCAACCAUGUGGAAGGAGAACACACAACAGAGACAAAUACAAAACAUAAAGGAUUGCAUCCAAGGAUUACUAUCACUGAAAUGAGGAGGCGCGUUGCGACAAUGUUAGAAUAUAUCGGUCAUAUCCAGGUAGAAAUGGCAUCUCAAUCGGCGAAUUCGGUUUCUGGAUCGCAAGUGACGAAAGAAAUCCCAGAGGACGAGAAGGAAACUCUUCGUCAGGUUGAUAACUUGACAAGGGAAUUGUUGCAUUGGGAACAAAGGUUUGGUAAAACCUAAUUUCAACCGGAGCCUCUUUGGCUCGUACUUUUAUGUCUUGAUUUUGUUUUAACAUUCUGUAUUUUACGACGGAUUUCGGGGUUUUUGGUAAUUUGGUUUUAAUUAAUACCCAUCGGAAUUUUAAUUGCAACAGCAAUGGUUUUAGAUUGAUUGAUUUAUUUAAUAAUUUGCUAGAGUUAUUUUCAGAACGAAAAUUCUUAUAUAUUGGCAAUGUUUUCAGACUUUUUUCUAUUAAAAACGCUACAGAGAAGAGAGAAAAUGUAG